AUGACUUCAAGUGUUGAGAAUACUGAUAGUACUGUGCAUGGAGCUUUUUCUAAAGAUUCUGAAAUCAUUUUUGUCGAACCCUAUGAUGACAUAAAUAACGUUGAUUCAUUUGAAAGACCCUCUAUAUUUGACAAGUCAGAUUCUGAAGAUCUUAAGAUCACUACUUUAUCACCAAAAAAAAUUGAAAGUGGUCAGAUAUCUAGCGCAUUUAACCGUUAUUAUACACGCUAUGAAAGUGAUAGUGAUGAUAUAAAUGAACUUAAAGAUCGAAAACAAGAUAACGAAACAAACUUGAAAGAAAGUACGGAUCAAUUAAUUUUAAAUUUUGAUGAUUCCAAUGAAGAAAAAAAAGAGACUACUCAACAAACAGCACCUACUUUUGAUGAAGUGAAGGAUGAUGCAGAUGAAGGAGCAUUGGUAGCUUCGAGAGGAGAAGGCCGCUAUUUUGGAUUUGAUACUGAUUCGUCUCCUAUAAUUUGUAAAAAAUGUGGAGGCAAGGGUCAUAUUGCUGCCAAAUGUGAUGUUAUUUUAUGUGAAAAUUGUGGGGCCAAAAAUGAGCACACUAUUCCACUUUUACAAAGUGGUUCAAACAUUGGACCACCGUUUUCUCAAGGCUUUUUAAAUAUUUCCUCAACCUUAAUAAAUUUAAGUUCAGUAGAAUCUUAUUUUGGAUCAAUUUCAAAGAUUUCUGAAAAGAUUUCUGAGUCUCACCCAUUGGUUUCUUUUUUGGGAGGAGAUACUAUAUCCGGAAUUGCUACUGCUGAUGGUGUAGAGUCAUUCAAAGGAAUACCUUUUGCCGAGCCCCCUAUAGACGAUCUCAGAUUUCGGCAUCCAAAACCUUAUAAUAAAAGUUUAGAUGGAUUUCAAGCUCAUAACUUUAGUAAGAGUUGCGUCAAUAUUACUCCCUUUGGAUUUUUUAGUCUUUCACGAAAAAACGUGGAUAAUUCAAACCCUCAUUUUAAAAAAAUUGUCGAAAAAACAAUUUUUAAGAAAUACGAGAUGAGUGAAGAUUGUUUAAAACUGAAUAUAUACCGACCAGCUGGCACGAUGCCUUUUGCAAAGCUACCAGUGAUGGUUUGGUUUCAUGGCGGCGCAUUUCAGUUUGGCAGUUCUAAUUUUUAUCCCGGAAAUAAGUUUAUAGUAGACAGCAUUAAAAUGAGACAACCAAUUAUAUUUGUGACAUUUAAUUAUCGUGUUGGUCCUUGGGGGUUUUUAGGAGGUAAAGCAGUCAAUGAAGAAGGCUCUUCUAAUGCUGGGCUGUAUGACCAGAGGCUUGCAUUAAAAUGGGUAUCAGAUCAUGUUACGGCUUUUGGUGGUGAUAAUAACAAAAUCACAUUAAUUGGCGAAUCAGCAGGUGCAAUAAGUAUUGCUCAUCAUAUGGUAUCACAUGAAGGUGAUAUUUCCUAUAAAGGAAAAUAUUUAUUUCAUGCAGCUAUUCUUCAAAGUGGAGGACCAUGGAGUUUUGAUUCAGUAACUUCUUCUAAACCCGAGAUAUUGUUCCAAAAGUUUUCCCGUCAUUGUGGCUGUUUUUCCUAUUCAUCUAAAAAAACACUGAAAUGCUUGCGAACUAAAACAGUUGAAGACUUGCAAAACGCACAAAGACUUGAUCAUGAUUUAAAAAACGUUUUUAUUGCUGACUCUUCGGAUUCUCUUUUUGGCUGGAGUCCUCGUUUUGAUGAAAAUUUGAUUACUGAUAAUCCUGCAAAGUUAAUCCAACAAAGCAAGUUUGCUAAAGUCCCUUAUAUUAUUGGUACACAGGAAGAUGAAGGAACAGCUCUUACUUUUUUGUUUGAUCUUAAGUCUACAACUCAAGUUAAUUCUUAUAUGACUAAACUUUUUACUAAUACCAGCGAGGAAGAUAUUGAUAAGAUAAUUAAGAUGUACCCUGAAAAACUAACCCCUAGUACCAGAUAUGGAAAUAUAAAUCGAUACUUUAGAAUUUGGAAACAAAUUAAUGAGCUAUUUCCUGGUUAUUUGCGGUUUUCCGAAAUGAUAGGCGAUUUUAUUUUUCAUGUUCCUCGAAGAAUUCUUUUAGAAAAUACUCCUGAAAGCACUUUAAAAUAUUCUUUUCAAUCAAAAUAUCUUCAUAAAAUCAUGCCAAUUUUAGGUACAGCUCAUUCCAGCGAACUUUUUUGGCAAUUUCAUAGGGACUCUUAUCCAGCUCCAGUUUAUCGCCGAUACUUUAUAUCUUUUGCUAAUCAUUUUGAUCCCAAUAUUAACACUGGACUUUUACAUUGGGAUCAAUAUACUUCAAAGAAUAAAGAAACGUUGGUCAUUAAUAUGAGAAAGCCAACUAUGGGAAGAGAUGAAUUUGAUAGAGAUAAUAACUUAAACUACCUUGUUAAUCACCCGGAGUUAAUAAUGGUUUAA